UUAGCUUUGUUGAUUGGCGACGACUCUGCAUUUCAUUCGUUAGGUGUGUUUAGUCUAUGUUGAAGUGUGUUUUAGAAAGAAGAAAAAGGUCAACAUGCUUGCAUAUUUAAGAUAUCUUAUGUGCCUAUGCUAUUUAGUGAAGUGUUUUUUGUUUAACUAGUUGAUUGUAGCUUUUCUGUAAUAAUGGCCCUGUUAUUUGCCUAGAUUCCAUCCUUUCUUAACACCAGUUCGUCUUCUAUGUAUCACUUGGCUCAAUAGAAUUUUUCUUGCUUGUUUCAGACUUUCAGUAGGUUCCAGUUGUCAUCUCUUGGAAGAGGGUGUAAUUUGGCAGCUCAGGCCGCAAUUUUUUCCCUGCAACAUAAACAUAUGUUUGUUUUCCAUCGACGAUUGACAUUAAAGUAAAGAACCAUGCUAAAGGAGAAUAAUACAGGCCACUCAUCAGCAACCACUUCUCGGGUUCGGCACCGUAAACGAUCUAAUGAGGUUAUUCCAGAACCUAGCAAAGCCAAUGGUGGAAAAUUACUUGUUGAUGACAAUAACAAAUACAAAUCAAUGUGGAUCCGAACAUACUCUACUGUCUGGAUGAUUGGGGGUUUUGCAUUAGUCGUCUACAUGGGUCAUCUCUAUAUUACUGCUUUGGUGGUGGUUAUCCAAAUAUUUAUGGCAAAAGAGUUAUUCAAUCUACUCAGGAAAGCAAAUGAAGAUAGGCAUCUUCCAGGUUUUAGGCUGUUAAAUUGGCACUUCUUCCUCACUGCAAUGUUGUUUGUAUAUGGUCGCCUACUCAAUCAACCACUUGUCAAUACCGUAACUUCGGAUAAAUUUUUUUAUCAGUUUGUCAGCAGCCUUAUCAAGUAUCAUAUGGCUAUUUGUUACUUCUCGUACAUUGCAGGUUUUAUAUGGUUUAUUCUUACAUUGAAGAAGAAGAUGUACAAGUAUCAGUUUGGCCAGUAUGCAUGGACACAUAUGAUUCUUAUUGUGGUGUUCACGCAGUCAUCCUUUACUGUGGCCAAUAUCUUCGAAGGAAUAUUUUGGUUUCUUCUUCCAGCAUCGCUUAUCAUUAUCAAUGACAUUUUUGCUUACAUCUUUGGUUUCUUCUGUGGAAGAACCCCGUUAAUCAAAUUAUCUCCAAAGAAAACAUGGGAGGGGUUUAUAGGAGCGUCUGUCACAACUAUAAUCUCGGCAUUUGUGCUUGCGAAUAUCUUGGGUCGUUUCGAGUGGCUAACCUGUCCCAGGAAGGAUUUAUCAACUGGUUGGCUUCAAUGUGACUCAGGUCCAUUAUUUAAACCAGAGUCUUAUGCUUUACCGGGAUGGAUUUCUAAAUUGUUUACUUGGAAAGAGAUCUCUAUUUUGCCGGUUCAAUGGCAUGCUUUAUGCCUCGGUUUGUUUGCAUCAAUUAUAGCACCGUUUGGGGGCUUUUUUGCUAGUGGUUUUAAAAGAGCUUUCAAGAUCAAGGAUUUUGGUGAUAGUAUACCGGGACAUGGUGGAAUUACAGAUAGAAUGGAUUGCCAGAUGGUGAUGGCGGUAUUUGCAUAUAUCUAUCUCCAGUCAUUUGUUGUACGUGAGGGCAUCUCGGUUGAUAUGAUCCUGGACCAGAUAUUGACAAGCCUUAGUUUAGAGGAACAACAAAUUCUUGUGAUGAAGCUUGGGCAGAUCUUGCAGGAAAGAGUUGGACAAUCUUAAAAUGUGUUUUGAUUAUGAUCAUUAUGUGUCUAUGCAAAUUACGUUGGCUCGUCCUUUCUCCAACCUGUGAUUGUCUUAUAACAACAGACAACGAUGCUUCUGUACAUGGUGGUGUGUCAUUUUCAUAGUUUUAGGCAAAGUGUUAUUCUUUCUGAGCUCGCUUUGUACAGUCAGUUUAUGUUAGUUCAAAUAUGGUCAAUUACUUUAACUAAUGUAUAUGAAAACGGAAUUUUUUUUUUA